AUUAGUUGAGCAAGGUAGAAUUCUGCGGUGCAGUCGCAACUCCAAGCAGAGCGGAGUUCCAGCGCUCACCGGAGAGGGAGAUGGGUUUCGAGGAUGUCGGAGAUUUUGGCAUCCACCUUAUUAUAUCGAGGUUGGGUCCCAAAGACGUUGCAGUUCUAGCUUGCGUCAACAAGAGGCUCAGGGUUUCAGCUUCGGAGGAGAAUGUCUGGCGCAAGUUCUGUUCCGAGGAUCUCGAUCUCUCAGCCCCAGAAGAUCCUUCUGGAAACCCUGCCUCUUCGUUUAAGGUAAUGUAUCAAAUGUGGCGGGAGGCAUUUAAUAUGUAUCCAUGGCCCCUGGUUAAACGAGUAAAGAGAUGUUGGGGUACACUAAAAAGUUGGGUGGCCAUAAAUUUUCCAGAGGCUAGGGCUACUCUGCAAAAUGGUGCAUCUGAAGAUCAAAUUAAAGAAGUAGAAGACAGUUUGGGUGUGAAAUUACCUCUUCCUACAAGGCUACUCUAUCGCUUUUGUGAUGGUCAAGAAAUAACAAGUACAUAUUCUUCAGGAAGUGAUCUUGGUAGCCCCUUGGGCCUUGUAGGUGGUUAUUCCUUUUAUGACCAUGAGGUAAAUGUGUUUCUGUUGCCCCUAAAACAAAUAAUCUCAGAAACAAAAAAAUUUGUACAUCACCCUCGCUUGGGCAAGUAUAAGUACAUAGUUGUGGCAGCUUCUUCCACUUAUGUUGAAAAGUUGUUCUUCCUGAAUUGUCGCAGUGGGCAACUUUAUGUUGGUACCAAGAAUUUUUCUAGUGAUGGAGAAAAGAUUCCAUGUGUACCUGGUAAAUUGAUUAACUCAGUGCACAAUCUUAAUGAUGAUAAGCAGCAGGAUGCCAUGCUGCUGUGGUUAGAAGAACAUAGCCGGCGAUUACACAAUGACAUCAUUGGGCUUCGUGAGCAAGGAAAAAACAGAAGUAUCAAUCUGUUCCCGGAAACAGCCCCACUCUGUUCCACUGCUAUAACCAAUGGAGUUCAGAUCCAAGCUUCUUCUAUUUUUGUUCCAGAGUUAAGUGACAUUGAACAGGAGUCAGAGAAGUUUUUCUUUUCCUAUUCAAUUCGCAUGUCUCUCCUGCCUGAAGGAUGUGUUGUAAAUGGAAUGUCCUUCAGCUCUUGUCAACUCUAUUGGCGUCAUUGGAUCAUCCGCGCCAAUGACAUAGUUGUGUCUGAUGUUAAUGCAGAAGCUGUAAUAGGAAAGUAUCCACUCUUAUAUCCAAAUGGCAAGGUGUUUGUUUAUGAAAGUUGCACACCCUUGGCGUGUUCUUUUGGUUCUGUCGAAGGUGCUUUCACAUUUAUCCCUGGCAGACUAACGAACCCCAAGGGCCCGCCAUUCGAUGUUGAAGUGGCACGGUUUCCUCUCCAACUGCCUGAAUAUAUCUUCUGAUCUGAAAAGAAAUGGGUGGUUGAAUUACAAGAGAUGUUGGUAUCAUACACUCGUACACCCCAGAAGAAUACUAGUUCCAAGACAUCUGUAACUUUACAUAAUUAUGUUUCACCGAAAAGACCUGAUUGCUGUUCAAUUGUUGUGGAUCUGUUCUUAUAUUCUUUUUAUAUUUAUAUAUUUCCUAUCUUGUGGUACGUUUGGUCAUCAAGUUGGACUGUUCAAAAUCCGAUGGCCCUUGGUCCUUGGAUAGACCAAAAAUAAGGUCUACGCGCUGUUGUUUCAGGAAAUCAGAUGUACUAAAAAAAUCUAGAAAGUUGGACCGUUUGAUUUGUGCAUUA